AUCUUUUUGUUUUUCUUUUUUUCUUCGAAGAAAAGAAAACGAAAAAAAGAACGAAAAGGGGAAAAAUAGUUUAUGACUGACAUAUUAUCAGAAAUAAUUUUGAUUUCGAGUGGACGAUAUCUUCGAAAAAAAAGUGUCAAUAAGUGAUUAACAAAGAUUAUCUUUGUACGUGCUUGGUCUCAGUAAUAAGAAAGCUUUUUCAAAAACUCAUUCGCUCGAUUUAAUCGUCACUAUCUGUUAUCUAGAAAUGAAAUUUAUUUUGUGCCUGGCUCUUCUCACUCUAGCGGCUUGUGAUCACACCCAUUGUGAUACAUACAUACCUAACAUCUAUCCGCUCUAACGCAUUUCGCUCAUUCACAUUUUUAUAGUUAACAACGUCGCAUCGAGUUUCUAUUAUCACCAUAACAAGAAAAGAUAUUACAAGUACUACAAAGAUGACCGCCGAACAACGAUCACCUAAUCCUGCAAAAGCCUCCCCAAGUUCUAUAACAAUAGCUAUAUCCGUUUUAACGCAUCUUCUUUUAUUGGCACCCGUUAUAUACAUCAUCGUGCUAUCAGCCAAAAAUUACAGUCCCUUCUCUUGGCAUCCGAUAUUAACAACGAUCGGGGUCGGUCUGCUCAUGUUAGAAGCAGUCUUUUGCGUCUCAGGCGAAGCUUAUAUCUCUUCAAGGAUAACAAGGAAGAAUCGAAUUUUGAUACAUUGGUUGCUACAAAGUUUAGGAUUUGGUCUUAUGUUAGCUGGAGUGAUCGUUAUAAUUGUUAGGAAAGAAAGUCGUAAAAAUCCUGUACAUUUUAAAUCGGUACAUGGAAAGCUUGGAUUAUCCGCAACGAUACUUUGCGCAUUGAUAAUUUUAAGUGGUAUUUUCGCCGAUAAUACAAAAUGGUUUUAUCCACGUGUUAGACCAAUUACCAUUAAGAUCAUUCAUGCAGUAGCUGGUAUGCUCGUUACAAUUGUUUCACUUGCCACUGUCAUUAAUGGUACUUAUAGUUGGUGGCCUAGUACCAUCGUUGGAAGAGAUUUAACAUUUGCAUCGUUCGUUAUAGGUACAUUUUUCAUAAUGAUUAAACCGGUGUUAGGUGCCGUGUCAAGAAGCAAAUUCAUGUUUCGAAAAACGCCUUCCAAUACGUGAACCCUCAUUUUUUCUCAUAUCUCGUAGAUUCCUUUUUUUCUUUUAUCUCCUUUGAGAUCCACGCGCCAGGGGAAAUAAUCUAAUUUUUUUUUAUGAUUUGAAAUGAUAUUCAAAUCUAUUUCAUUAUCACAGACUACAUAUAUAU